GAAAAUCCUUAAAAAUGGGCAGUGAAAAGGGGUCUGGUUCGGAAGAUGAGCCUUUGGUACCAGAUGAAAUAGACGAUCAAUUCUACAAGGAUUUGUUAAGUAAAAUUCCUGAGGUCACUAAAGCCCUGCGUCAAAAAGAUACUCAAAACAAUGCAGACAAUGUGCAACGUCUUCUGAUUUGCAGCAAUCGUUACAAAUGCAAUCUGCUCUUGGAGCAGACCAAAUGUCAAGAUUUCGAAGAUGAGGUAGCCCGUCUUAAUGGCCAAUUGGAAGAUGCCCGAAAAAUAACCGAAUUGGAUCAGGAAACAAUUGCACAAUUAAGAGAAGUCAUAGAAAGCGCAUGGCGACAAAAAGAUGCUGCAAUACUUCGUGAACAAACAGCUCAAGAUGAAUUAACAAAACUGAAGGAAAUCAAUGAGGAUCAAGCAGAGACUAUCAAAAACCUCAGUGAUACCCGGGCUAAUCUAAAACAUCGAAGAGAUGACAAUAGGGAAAAAGAAAAUCUUAAAAGUGAAGUUAAGGAAGUCACAAAACGCUUGCAAAUGCAACGCAACUAUACCACAGAAUUGGAGGCAAUGAAUCAUACCCUAGAAGAGAAAAAUAAAAAUUUGAUUAAAGUCUUGGACGAAACCUCCACGGAAGCCUUCAAUAGUAAAAAACGCAUCGACUCAUUGACCAAAGAUCUAAACCAAAUGAAAAUCGAUGAACUAAAGUACACAGAACAAAUCGCCACAUCCAAAUUGCAGUUGGAAAAAUUGACCAAAAUGAAAGUGCGCCAAAAUCUGCAGAUUCUCUCGCUGAAAACCAAUCUGGAACAUUUGAAUACUCAACACAAUUCGACUUGCAAUAAAUUGGCUAAAAUUACUGUCGAUCUGGAAUAUGCCAUACAGGAGAGGGAUAAAAAUAAACGAGAUUUGGCACAAAAGGCGAAUUUACUGAAGCUCAGAGAAGACGAGAUUAUCAAAUGGAGACAAGAAAAUUCCAAACUGGCCAAACUUCAGGAUAAUGCUUCGCGUAAAUAUUGUGCUUUAGAGGAGACACGAAAAGAAAUAGAAGAUGAAAAUAUUAGACUGAAAACUCAAUUCAAUACUCAAGAAAAGGAGUUUGAGGCCAUGCGAAGAGUUGCCCAACAAUUGGAAAGAAACAACAACAACCUUACCAAGGAAAGAGACACUUUGAAGAGAGACUUGUUGGUGGAACACACAAAAGCAGAGGAAUUUCAAGAGACUGUGCAAGAGACACAACAUGAAAUAAGAGCUUUGAAGGACUCUUUGCUGCUGCAAGAGAGGAAGCACAAAAAACUACUGGACGACAUUGCACAUCUGAACAAUGAUAAAACUAAAAAAAUGGAUGACAUUCAAAAUUUAUUGGAUAAAAUGGAUGCCUUACAAAAUAAAAUCCAUUUAAAAGAAUCCUAUGAACUCGAAUUGAAGAGAACUGUUAGCGAUGCUGAGGCCCAAUAUUCCAAACUGAAAGCUCAACAUGAAAUUCUCGUCAAUGAGAAUACUUCCAAUUUACGCAACAUUCAAAAUUUGAAUGAGGAAAAAACCAAACUGAGAAAGAACAUUGAAAAUCUACAAAACGCCAUUGAAACACUGAAGGCCAAAGUUGCCUAUCGUGAUGGAGAGAUUGGCAAGCUGCAAUUACAAGUGGACAAAAUGGAGAAAGAGCGACGCAUGCUCAAGAAUGAACUGCGCACCUCUCAACUCAAUCAUCAGCACACCAGAAACGAGCUCUUCGAAAAGAAAAAAGAGAAUGACAAAUUUCUCAAAUCUCAACAAGAGGAAAUCAAGAAACUGACACGACUCCAAAGAGACUUGGACAACAUGAUCGAUGAGAAGAACUCCGUGUGUGCUGCACUCAAUCGCAAAGAAGAGCAAUACAAUGAACUGAAAAUGGAAAUGGAGAAUCUGCAGCGCACUCAUGAUCUCCUGCAAUCGGAGUUCUCUCAGAACUGUGAUGACAUGAAAUUAAUGCGUACUGAAAUAAAAAAUCUACUCACCGAAAGGAAUGUGCUGCGCAAAGAUCGAGAGAAUGCAGCAAAUUUGCGGCAGGAAUUGCUGCAAAUGCAUAGGGUCCUCAAUCAGCAACGUGUGAAAGCGCGAGCCUUGCAGGAGGAAAUGAUGACACCCAUGAAUGUACAUCGUUGGCGAAAUCUAAAAGGCAAAGAUCCCCAUAAAUGUGAUUUGAUACAGAAGAUACAGUUUCUGAGAAAACAACUUUUACAUUACAAUGUCACAAAUCUGGAGCAAGAAAGAGCCUUGAAGGAAUCACAGAGACUUUAUACUACACUGAAAGAGUUCAUUGUUAAACUGCCAAACAUAAAAAUAAAGGAGGAAUUGAACGAAGUCAAGUCAGCCCUAUCCCUCAAGAAUCGAAAGCUUAAAGCACUCAAAGCGGAAAUCUCUACCAAAGCGAUUGAGGAAAAGUCACACUCUGUACAGUUGGAAGAACUGAAAAAUGAUCUCACAAAGGUAAAAAAUCAACUACUACAGGAGAGAAAGUCCAAGGAGAAAUUAAUGCAGGAGAGACAGACCAUGAUGCAAAUGCAGAUACAAUGCAUGUCGGCUCCACCUCAUUUGCAGACAAAUUUCACACCCUCCCUUAAGCAUCCAAAUGGAAUCUAAGCAAGAUUACAAAAACAUUAAAAGUGUUUAAUUAAAGUCCUUUAAAGUUUGUUUUUCAUUAUUAUAAUAAGGUCCUCAAA